AUGUCAAGUUUCCUUCAAGUGGAUGCGUACUGUGCUCCAGCCAUCCCCGCAGAGACUGGCUACGAAGAGCCUGUCAAACAACUGUGGUCCUCGAUCUGUUGCACCCUGCUUCAGGGCCCAACCUCGGUAGUCCUUGUCGAUACCCCGACCACCGCGGAACUGACUAAAGGUACAUUUACACCACCCACGCACAUGGGGAUCAUUUCUUCGGCAAUCUUCCUCAAGGACUUUCCGGAAGCCAAAUCUGUCGCAACCUCUUUUGUGGUCGAAGGAAUCAAGGAAGCGCUGGCAGAAGACAAUCUUGCUAUCUGGAAAGCGAUGUUCCCCGGCCAGUUACCGGAAGGCCAGUGUUUGCCUGAAGCCCUUCCGGCGAAUGGCGAGUUUUCUAUUGACGGCCAUAGCCUCUUUUGUAUUGAUGUCGUUUUCUCGGACACCGAAAAUCCCUCUUUCCUACAUGUGCCUAGCCUUGAUCUUGUGGUCUCUGGCGACAUUGUUUAUAGGGAAUGCUUCAAACAUCUCGGUGAAGCCAAUACUCCCGAAAAACGAAAGCUUUGGCUUGAUGCAUUAGAUCAAAUUGCAGCGCUGGAGCCGAGCAUCGUGGUCACUGGUCAUAAGAGGGUAUCUCAGUUGGAUGGGCCGUAUCUAAUCGACUUGACAAAGGAGUAUAUCCACGCAUUUGAAGAAGAAGUAAAAAAAUGGAAAGAUGCGGACAAGGUCGAGGAUGCCAUGAAGAAGCGCUAUCCGCAUAUAUGGAACGAGUUCAUUUUGAGCAACAGCUGCAAGAACACUGUUGCACGGUUAAUGGAAGCUGAAAAGAAAUCCUCAAACUGA